ACCGCGCCCGCAUGUGUACACAAUCCGUGGCUAGUGACUGUGAUAAAUGGAACUGUAGCGUUCAAUGUUAAAGAAACAAAGAUACGAGGACAAGGAAGUGAACAUGGCGAUACAGAGUGUUUCCAGGUACCCCAGCAGCCCCGCCGAGGCUACGGAACCGCCCAAAGCGUCCAGGAUAUCCUUCAGCGUUGCAUCAAUAUUGGCAGACACUAAGGCGAGCCAAGUGGAUGAAACUGCCGAGAUGAUAAGACACCAUCGGACUAUACCCGAAUCUCCUUUACGACAGUCCCCUGGAGCACAACCCGAAUUGCCCGGCGGCAAAUCUCUAUCUCCCAGGCCGUCUUCCCAAACUCCCCCUUUGAAUCUCAACGCGUCCGCGACUGUGACGUCUUCUGACGACGAAUACGAAGAUUCAGUUAACCAAGAAGACUCUAUAGUAGAUGUGGAGGAUCUACAAAAUGGCGCACAGAGUGAUGAAGACGACAGAACGUCGACACCUAAUGAGAAGGAGAGGUUAGGUCCGAUUAGGCCGACGCCCUUCAGCGCAUUGGCGGCGGCGGCGGCGGCCUACCACGGCCUGGGCUGGCCCGGCGCUCCGUCAGUGGUUCCCUCAUUCGGACCACUCUUCCAAGCACAUUUUCCCGUUGGUCAUAUUACAGACGCCAACGGCGAACCUCCGAAGCUGAAAUGCCACCUGCGCAAGCACAAACCCAACAGGAAGCCGCGCACGCCAUUCACCGCGCAACAGUUGCGUGCUCUGGAGAGCAAGUUUGUCGACAAACAGUACCUCAGCAUUGCUGAAAGGGCGGAGUUCUCGUCGUCUCUUGGACUAUCUGAAACUCAGGUCAAAAUUUGGUUCCAAAACCGGCGUGCAAAAGCGAAAAGGGUGCAAGAAGCUGAGAUUGAGAAGCUCAAAAUGGCGCAGUUCACCCGUCACCCACACCACAUGUAUCCCCACCCACUGCAGCAGUACUUCCCCCACCCUUUGAUGGGGAGGCCUUUACCCAUGAUGCCACCGCAUCUGGCCAUGCAGGCGUCUGUGCAAGGAUCACCCUCACCCAAUACACAGCCUAAUGGGCAACAGUAAGAUAACGAAAUCUACAGCAGUUUCACUUCACUCAAAUCACAGCAUAAAGAUAUAAAUAAACUAUGGAUCAUCCUCACCCAACAAUACACAACAGUAAGAUAAAAUUAAAUAUGUAAGAGUCACCCUCACAACAGUAAUAUAAAAAUUACUCUACAAAGCCACGAAUAUUAAGGAUCACUGACAACACAGAGCUCAAUAAACAACAGCAAGAUAAAAGUCAGCGAGGUUCACUCACAGUAAGGAAUACUCUAAUUCACCUUAACGGUCAACAGUAAGGUGAAUUAAAAUAUUCAAGGAUCAUCCUCACCCAACACAGUGUAAUGGACGACAGUAAGACAAAAUUAAUUGUUUAAAGCCUCGUGUUUGCGUUCUUUCUUGUCAACAGAAUUUUGUGAAAGCAUCAGUGUAUCCGGAGCUUUAAUUUUACCUUUAACUAUUGUACACUGCUUUGUCAAUCAAUCGUUUUAACUGUUAGAGGCGAUACAGACGUUCAGUUUUAAUUUCUAAAAAACUACAGUUAAAGCUGUCGGACACUACAUACGCACAAUUUGACUGAAAAGUAAACUGUCCAGUUAUAACUGCACGUCUAUAUAGCACGGUGUUACUCGAACCAAUUUUGAGAUGAUAUGAAAUAAUAUUUACGUUUGAAUAUUUUUGUGUUGUAUUUUUUUCCAUUUUGUAUCUCACAUUAUGCUAAAGUGACAGCAAUAGGUAAUAAUCAUUUGAAAAUAAUACAUAAUAUCCUAGAUUUUGUACAAUUUGGUUACCUAAAAAGAGACUGAAUUUGAUAAUUGAAGAAAGUAAUUGCAAUUUUUGGUUGUGUACAAGUAUUUCAAUGUUUGUAUAAAAAAAUUACGUAAAAUGUCUUCAAUAAUGUAUUAUAAUUCAUAUAAUAUUAAUUGCUUUUAAAUUGAUGCACGAAAAGUUUAAAAAUACUUUAUGAUAUUAAAAAUACAGAAAUCUCAGUUUUCAUUACAUAAUAUUUCUCCGAAUUGUAAAAAUAAACCACCCUUUUGUGUAAAAUAAUCUGUAAUAAAAAAAAACAAUAGAUAAAUAUUGAAAACAUUCUCUUGAAUAGUUCCUAGAUGUUUUAAAACAAAUGUUGUGAGUGAGCUUGAAAAAAUAAUCUGGCAACUGAAAUACAAGUAUUCUCGAAGUCAUAACAAACUCAGUUGAGUAUUCAAUUUAUUAUAACCAUUACACAUUGUCAGUUGUCAGUUAUUAUUAAGGCAAAUGUUUAGCGAAAACAAUUAAAAUACCACAUUACACAACUAUAUACUCGAAUGACAAGAAUAAUUAAGCUGUUUGUAUUCCGUUCAGAUUAAUAGUUUAAGAGCUGGUGGCCAGAGCUUCGUCUAAUCUAUACUAAUAUUUUAAAGAUAAAAUUUGUGGUAUUGUAGGGGGUAGUGGACCUACUAAAUCUAUUUUGAAAAUUCUUAUACCAUUAGAACGCCCAGCUGGGCCGAUGGAAGUUUUCUUAAUUGGUCCAAGUUUGGCCGGUGAGAGACUUCGGCCGUGGCUAGUUACCACCAUACCGGUAAAGACGUACCGCCGAGUGAUUUAACAUUCCUGUACGAUGUCGUGUAGAACCGAAAGCGGUGUGGAUUUUCAUCCACCUCCUUACAAGUUGCCCCGCUUCCAUCGUAUAUUGCAUCGUCAGUUACCAUCAGGUGAGAUGGUAGUCAAAAAGAAAUAUUGAAAGCUGGCGCUCGUUAUUCUCUAUGGUAGAAGCAGCUGAUAAACUGUCAAUUCUUAUAAAAUGACGAAGGAAUGAGAAGGACGGCUACUACAAGCUCUUGCUCUAUAACAAAUAAAGACCAGACAAAACAUUAAUCAAAAUUAUGACAAGACAACACUGUUGUAAGUUUGUUCGGUAUAUAAAUAAAUACCAAACCGUAGACAGAGAAGUGAAUAGACAACUGAUUGCAGUACCGUUAUAAGUUAAAAAAAUAUACGAUUUUGAUAUCCUAAAACACUACGCUGGACUAUUUUUCACGUAUAUAUUGUAGUUGUAGUUGUAGCUACCACCCUACCGGCAAAGACGUAGCUAUCGCCAAGCGAGGUAGCGAGCGUUUCGGUACGAUGCCGCAUAGAAAUCGUCAGAGGUAUGGGUAGAAUAAACUUGUUUGUACCUCUUUCGAGUAAGCCAGUUUCCAUCUUAGGCUGCAUCGUCACUUAACAUCAGAUAAAAUCGCAUUGAAGGGUUAAUUUGUAUCAGAAUAAAAGAAAAACUUAUACUUUGUAACAAUUGAAGCUGUAAUUUCAUUUUCAAAAUACGUAUAUGCUUGAAUGUUAUUUAAACGGGUACAUACCACGAUAAAAAGACGAGAUUUUUAAUGUCGAUAUAAAUAACAUUCAUAAUGAACAACCACGAAAUAAGUUUAAAAACACGUUUAUGCUUGUAUGGAAUAUUGUUGCCCGUCUUGCACCAUAUAUCGAAUAUUUACGUAUGUUUACAUUGAUUCUAAGGAAACGCGAUGAAUGAUUACUAUCUGUUACUGUCUAUUUACUUCUCUGUCUACGUACCAAACUAUUACAAUGAGUAAUGAAUUAUUGUCAGCAAUGAUUUCUUUAAAUUCCAUUAGAAUUAGUCUCGGACAAAGAUUGAUUAAUUAUUACAAUUCCGACGGAAAAUGUUUACUCAAAAUUUAAAAAUGUAAAUUAUUUUUUUGUAAAUAUAGUUAUAAGGUGUCAUAAACAUAAUAAGAUAUUUAUAGGAUUUUGUAUUAUUUAACGAACUAUAUAAAUAUUAUUUUAUUUUAUUAUAAAAAAACAACAUUUAUAUUACCAAAUCAGUAAUGUUACUGCGUGUAUAGUUAUUAUAUUUUUUUGUGUUUAGUACAAAAUUAACCCGGGAACCAGUUUUCAGGAAUAUCAUUUUCACAUUGUAAAUAAAUAGAAUUUAUUUGUAAAUUGAUAUUUGUACUUGUGUAGUAAAUAUAUUAAAAUUUAAUGA